CCCAACUCAUUCGGGCCGAUCGGUUCAAUUUACCACCAAACACCAACAUUAUCUCUUACACAAACACACAAAAGCUUCAAUCUUCAACAUAACCAAUCCACUCCAAUCCUCACAACUCAGACCCACCCUAUCAACAAUGAACUUACAAGCAUCACAAUCUCAUUUCCAAAUUCACGGUCUUCCGCAACCGCCUCCGUUCCGCUGCCGCACAUUCCUGUUGUCCACCCGGCGGCGGAGACACACAAUCGGCGGGGGAGGAGGAAGAAGGAGAAGAAGUUGUUUUGGUGUUGGAGUGUGUAGUUUGGGUAGUAAUGGAGGUACUGUUGUGAGUGAGGAAUUGAGCAGAGAAGUCAUCGAGGAGCAGAAACAGAGGAGGGCUUACCCUUUCCAUGAAAUUGAGCCUCGGUGGCAGCGUUUUUGGGAGGACAAUCGCACUUUUCGAACGCCUGAUGAUGUCGAUACUUCUAAACCUAAGUUCUAUGUUCUCGACAUGUUCCCUUACCCUAGUGGAGCUGGGCUACAUGUUGGUCAUCCUCUUGGAUAUACUGCCACCGAUAUUCUUGCUAGAUUUAAACGUAUGCAGGGUUUUAAUGUUUUGCACCCGAUGGGAUGGGAUGCGUUUGGGCUGCCUGCCGAGCAAUAUGCAAUUGAGACAAGAACCCACCCAAAACUCACAACUUUGAGGAAUAUUGACCGCUUCCGCACCCAGCUUAAAUCAUUAGGCUUCUCAUAUGAUUGGGAUCGUGAAAUUUCUACAACAGAACCAGAAUAUUACAAAUGGACACAAUGGAUUUUUCUGCAGCUUUUAAAGAGAGGGCUGGCAUAUCAGGCUGAAGUGCCCGUCAACUGGUGCCCUGCUCUUGGGACUGUCUUGGCAAAUGAAGAGGUGGUGGAUGGUGUUAGUGAGCGUGGGGGUCAUCCAGUUAUAAGAAAGCCAAUGCGGCAGUGGAUGCUCAGGAUUACUGCAUAUGCUGAGCGUCUCCUUGAUGAUCUAGAUGAUCUUGACUGGCCUGAAAGCGUGAAGGAAAUGCAAAGGAACUGGAUAGGGAGGUCAGAAGGGGCUGAGGUGGAGUUUUGCGUUCUUGACACAGAUGGGCAGGCCAGUGACAUAAAAAUUACUGUUUAUACAACCAGGCCGGAUACCAUCUUUGGAGCAACCUACUUAGUGCUGGCUCCAGAGCAUUCUUUGUUGUCAUCAAUAGUAUCCAAGGGCCAAAGCAAAUAUGUGGAGGAAUACAAAGAGCUUGCUUCUAGAAAGAGUGACCUUGAGAGGACUGAGCUUCAGAAGGAAAAAACUGGAGUCUUUAGUGGUGGUUAUGCAAGAAAUCCAGCUAAUGGUGAAGCUAUCCCUAUUUGGAUUGCAGAUUAUGUUUUAGGGAGCUAUGGUACAGGAGCAAUAAUGGCUGUACCAGCACAUGAUGUGCGCGACCAUGAGUUCGCUUUGAAAUAUGAUAUUCCAAUCCGCUGGGUUGUGAUGCCAGAUGGUGGAAGUUCUGGUGAUUCUGAAAGACCUUACUCAGGUGAAGGUAUUAGUGUAAAUUCGUCGAGUCCAAUUUUGGGGCUGGACAUCAAUGGCUUGCCUAGUAAAGAAGCUGCUUCCAAAGUCAUUGAAUGGGUGAAGAAAAUUGGAAAUGGGAACAAAAAGGUGAAUUACAAGUUGAGGGACUGGCUUUUUGCUCGGCAACGCUACUGGGGGGAGCCCAUCCCAGUUGUUUUCUUGAAGGACACAGGUGAGGGUGUUCCACUUCCUGAAAGUGAGCUGCCUCUUGCCCUUCCUGAGUUGGAUGAUUUCACUCCCACUGGGACAGGAGAACCACCACUUUCAAAAGCAGUUUCUUGGGUUGAGACCACUGAUCCUUUGUUGGGAAAGCCUGCCAGACGCGAAACAAAUACCAUGCCUCAGUGGGCUGGUUCAUGCUGGUACUAUUUGAGAUUUAUGGACCCUAACAAUUCCGAAGCGUUGGUUGAUAAGAUGAAAGAAAUGUAUUGGAGCCCUGUUGAUGUGUAUGUCGGCGGUGCUGAACAUGCUGUUCUUCACUUACUUUAUUCCAGGUUCUGGCACAAGGUUCUCUAUGACAUUGGUGUUGUAUCAACAAAAGAACCUUUCAAAUGUGUCAUAAACCAGGGGAUUAUCCUAGGGGAAGUUCAAUAUAUCGCAUGCAGAGAUUCAGAUGGGAAUUUCAUAUCUGCAGACUCUGUUGACGUGUUCGGAGAGCAUCAUCAAGAAAGAAUACCCGAUGAAAAAGUAAUGAAAUCUGGUGAUUCUUUUGUGUUAAAAGACAAUCCCAAAAUUCGGUUGAUUGCCCGGGCUCAUAAAAUGAGUAAAAGCAGGGGAAAUGUUGUGAAUCCUGAUGAUGUUGUUUUUGAGUAUGGUGCAGACUCUCUUCGCUUGUAUGAGAUGUUCAUGGGCCCAUUUAGAGACUCGAAAGCUUGGAAUACUGGUGGUAUUGAAGGCGUUCAUCGAUUUUUGGGGAGAGUUUGGAGAUUGAUAGUUGGUUCACCUUUACCCAAUGGUACAUUCAGAGAUGGAACAGUCAUAAUUGACAAUGAGCCUCUAUUGGAACAACUUCGUUCUCUCCAUAAAUGCAUUGAUAAGGUCACAGAAGAAAUUGAAGGGACACGGUUCAACACUGGAAUCUCUGCAAUGAUGGAGUUCAUUAAUGCAGCAUAUAAGUGGGAUAAACUUCCAAGGUCAGCCAUUGAACCAUUUGUCUUAUUGCUUUCACCAUAUGCUCCUCACAUGGCUGAGGAGCUUUGGUCUCGGCUGGGACACUCAAAUUCGCUGGCAUACGAGCCUUUUCCAAAGACCUUGCAGGCUGAUCCUGCUUACCUAAAAGAGUCCAUAGUGGUCCUACCAGUUCAGAUUAAUGGGAAAACAAGGGGUACAAUACAGGUCGAAGAAACAUGUACAGAGGAUGACGCUUUCAAACUGGCUUCAAUUGACCAAAAACUCUCCAAAUAUUUGGACGGUAGAAAUGUCAGAAAAAGAAUUUAUGUUCCCGGUAAAAUUUUGAAUGUCAUAGUGGAGCCCCAUGUAUGAAGAUUGAAAGUCUACACAACAUAGACCAAGUCAAUUUGCGGCAGAGAAAUUUCUAAACCAUAGAAAGUUGUGCUUUUGUCUGAAAUGUUGAUUGGCAGGUGCUAAUUGUAAAUUGUAAUGAACAUAUUUUCCUUGUAUUCUGUUGCUAAACAUUCUUUUGUACACUCUGUUUGGGGUGAUUUGGUGAGAACUAAUAUGAAAGCUCUUUGUAGAAAGCUAACCCUUUUUCACUCGA